AUGCCCGAGUAUCUCGUCUAUUUCGUGCACCAGCACUUUGACUUCCGCUACCCUGAGCUGGAGGCAUUGCUGACGAUGCAGGCGCUCCCUGGCGUUGCCGAGACCGUGUUGAACGACCCCGUGACGAAACAACUGCCGGCGCCUGAGAGUUCGCCGCUCGUGCGCGUGCAGCUUCCGUCCGAACGCCACGCCAAGUUUCUGUCUGAACGUGGGAUUCUGGUCAAGGGCGUGUACGAAGUUUGGGGCCACACAGCGACUGGGGGAGGCUACGAUGAGCUUGUGGCAUCGGUCGAAGGUUUUCAAGGAUGCAAGAAGCAGGAGAUGUUCAACGACGAACGGCGCUCGUGGCGGAUCAACGCCAGUGUGUUUGGCAAGAAGCUCAGCAUGGACGAGCAGCAGAAGCGGCGCGAACGGUUUCGUGACGUGCUGCCGUUUGCUGGACCGGUGCAAAUGAAGAGCCCGGACGAGACAUUUCUGAUCCUGGAAGAACUGCAUCUGGACCAAGAGCUAACGCCGAGUGUGAAGCCCAAGCAAAUGUUCUUCUUGCGUGAGCUCGCAGGCAGCGAAAAGAAUCGAGGGCGUGGCGGGGCGCGGGAUCUUGUUGAUCAGCAGACGCUGAAGCGUAGGGCGUACAUUGGUCCCACUUCAAUGGAGUCAGAGAUGGCGCUGCUCAUGAGCAACAUGGCCCUCACGCAGCCCGGAGAUCUAGUCAUUGACCCGUUUGUUGGUACUGGCAGCGUGCUGAUCCCGUGCGGUACCCAUGGCGCCACAUGCUUUGGCACCGAUAUCGAUAUUCGGGUUCUCCUUGGCACAGGCGUUGGUGUAACGGGCGCUGGUGCUGUCCUGAUGGACGGAUUCUCUGACGGCAAGGCGCGCGUGAAUGUCAUUACGAACUUUAAACAGUACGGUCUGCCACUUCCCGAGCUUAUACGCGCUGACAAUUCGGACUCUCCUCUUGCAAAGAGGUGCUGUGGGUUCUUCGAUGCCGUCGUGUGUGAUCCCCCGUAUGGAAUUCGCGCAGGAGCUCGAAAGAGUGGUCGAAAACGGCAGGCCAAAGGCGAUACAAACUGUGCCAUCAAGCAAGAAAAUUACAUUGCGCCCACGCAGCCGUACGCUGCAAAAGACGUGAUGAAAGACCUCUUGGAGUUUUCUGCUCAGACGCUGCGUGAAGGAGGGCGGCUGGUGUACCUGUUACCAACGACUUACGAAUACACCGAUGCUGAUCUACCGCGCCAUUCUUGCCUGCAGGUGCUAGCUAAUUCGGAGCAGAAACUGACUAAAAAGUACGCGAGACGCCUUGUCACGAUGAUAAAGCGCACGCCGUCCACAAGUGAGAUAGAUACAGUUGCAUGUGCAGUGACACCACUUAACAGCGACCCGAGUUUUGCAAACUUGCGAGACAAGAUCCGGAAGCGCAAGUCCGAAGACGAAAGUCAUGCUGAAGAGCUACUGUACGAGAAGGAGCACAAACCUUUUUUUCGGAUAAAAGGGAUAGCGGCAAGAACAAUGACUUCCAUGUCGCUGAAGUUCAUCUUGUGCGACCCUGAGGACGUGUCGGCUACGUGCUCACGUCAGGAUGUAAACGAGGAGUGUGACGGCAAAAGCAGCUCGCCCGGAAUGAGUUUUGACAGUACUUUUGUAGCCAGCUCAAGCUCUUUAGCUCCCCGUCAAGCCACAUGUGACCAGAAGAGCAGCGGCUUACCCCAGAAGCUGGACAGGCAGCAACACACGCGUCAACUGCAAAACUUGCGGCAGCGUCGUUACCGUGAGCGGAAAAAGUUGAGCGCAUCAGCAUUGCACUCCAACUCGGAGCAAUUGCAUCACGAAAACACUGCGCUGGAGGCUGCUAUCUUGGAACGGUUCAAGUCGCGGACGUCUGUCUAG